UUGCGCGAGACAAAAAGCGGCCAAGCAGCAUCAAAGAUAAAAGCUCCUAAAUUCUCACAAGAACUUUCUUUUCUAAUACCGUAUCUAAACGAUGAGGAAGAACGGCGUUCAAACCUAUCACCUAGAAGUGCCUACAAUAACGAAGAAACACUACUUGAGUCACUGAAUGAAUUAGGUUAUCCAGAUAACAAUGUAUCAAGCGAUGUACAAAGUGAACAAUCCAUGCAAUCCUUGGGAUCUUCACGAAUUAUCCGUAAGAAAUCGAGCUUCGCAACUUCACAAGAUUACUUAACAAGGACGGCCGAAACCAGAAACCAGAGCGAUCCUCUUCUCGAUUUUUUCAUAAAUAUGGCAAAAACAGUAAAGACUUUUCCUUUACAAGACCAAGUUAACAUUAAAGCUCAAUUAUUUAAAAUGGUUAACAACGUAGAGAUGAGGCUUGCGACUACUCCAAUAGAUCGUGUUUCUGACCCUUCGACACCUGGUUCUAACGUGAGAAUAGUUUCAAAUGUAAUGCUUAGUCCAGCACCGACUGGUUCGAAUUAA